GUGGCGCAUGCGCGCGGGCCUCGCGCUCUCCUGCGGCUGCGUCGGGCCGCGUCGGGCGGAGCAGGAGCAGGAGCCGGAGCGGGCCUGGAGGGCGCCGGUCGAGGGAACCCAGCUGUCGCUUAGCAGGCCCGGCAGGGAAACUGGAUCAGAGCUGCCAAGUGAUAGAGUUGGGAUGUGGACUCAAGCUUUCUGGCUCCAGACCUGGGCUCUUUGCCUUUAAGUCAUAAGGCCUAGUGCACUGGACUCAACAGUAUUCAAGCACAAAAUUCUGCCUGAUGUCAAAAUGUAGGCUCUUCCCACAGAACAAGUACAAGGAAAUGAGUGUUUCCAGGCCCCAGCAAUCUUACAGUCCAGCUGAGGUGACAGUAUAAUACGAAACGGCAUGGAAAGGCGGGGCCUAAUUUAGACGUAAAAUACAUGGUGGGGACCAAGUCCUGUUGGAGUUCACAAGGGCCGGGCUUUGGACUCUUUGAACCAGAUCCAGAAGAUUGGCUAGGAUUUGGGUCAGCAAGGGGAAAGCAUGCACGAGUGAGGAAAGUCUACGUUCACGGAGGUUGGUCUCCGCUGGGUUGGGAAGGAUGUAUUAGGGAACAGGAGAAAACUAGAUCAGCUUCGUGGGGAGAGUCUUCAACAAAAGUUUCAGCAGGAUAAGAAAAGCAAGAGAAAACGAUCCCGUAGAACUACACUAACCUGCACGAAGGCUGCUGCUGUACUACCGCUCCGCCUCCUACGUGUGGGAUUCUCACCGCCUGCUCCUACUCUCCCCCAUCAACGUGGAAGAGCAACAGAAACCUCACAGAUGCCUCUAGUAGAACUUGGGUUCCUUUGAUAACAGCAGGUGAUUCAAAUCCUUGAGGCCAAUAUCACCUAUGGCAGGCCUCUAGCUUUCUAGGGGCUCUAUCUGGUGAAUAAACUGGAAGGCAGAUCCCAUUCUCCAAACGUGUAGAGUUUCCAUUAGAGGUGUUUGGAAUUUUUGACUGUUAAGCACUGCCAUCUUCUUGCUUCUGUAAAAGAUACGUUCUCUUGGGAACAAUAACGCUCAUCAGCUCCCCCCAUCCCUCCACUCCAGGAUUUACGGGGACAAUGUAAGAGCCCUGGAUAUGGAAAAUGAGGAUGGUUGGAAAGCUGAGAAAAGGUAUCAGAAAGGAAGUAGAUAUGAAGACGACUCAAUGUAGAAUUUUUCUGACGACCUUCUGCUUUUUGCCUUGAAAGAAACCUGAAAUCUUACCAAUAGUGCUGCACAGCUAGAAAGAGGAAGUGUCUCCUGCUGAGUGUGCAAGAGGAAGCACAAGAAGAUUCUGAAGGCCUGUGAGCCGUAAUGACUGCUUUCACCCAUGAGCCAAUUGUAGAGGCAACAGGAAGACCAGCGCACCAACCAGGCUGGGUCCCUCCGCCCAGGGGGUGUCACCACCCAAGCUGAAAGUGUUUGGGGAGAUUAGGCAUCGCUGUCCGGAUACUCCUGUCUCUCGGUGGCCAUCAUGUCUUUGACCUCUGCCUACCAGCAUAAAUUGGCAGAGAAGCUCACCAUCCUGAAUGAUCGAGGUCAGGGGGUUCUCAUCCGCAUGUAUAACAUCAAGAAGACUUGUUCAGACCCCAAAUCUAAGCCACCUUUCUUACUGGAAAAGUCCAUGGAAUCUUCUCUCAAGUACAUCAACAAGAAAUUUCCCAACAUAGAUGUCCGAAACAGCACGCAACAUUUAGGACCAGUACAUCGGGAAAAAGCCGAGAUAAUUAGAUUCCUCACCAACUACUACCAGUCAUUUGUAGAUGUCAUGGAAUUUCGGGAUCAUGUAUAUGAACUUCUCAACACCAUUGACGCCUGCCAGUGCCAUUUUGAUAUUAAUCUCAACUUUGACUUCACUCAGAGUUACCUGGACUUGAUUGUGACUUACACCUCAGUUAUUUUACUUCUGUCACGGAUCGAGGACCGACGAGUACUCAUUGGCAUGUACAACUGUGCCCAUGAGAUGCUGCAUGGGCACAGUGACCCCAGUUUUGCGCGUCUGGGACAGAUGGUCUUAGAAUAUGACCACCCUCUGAAGAAGCUGACAGAAGAGUUUGGGCCUCACACAAAGGCUGUGAGCGAAGCCCUCCUCUCUUUGCAUUUCCUUUUCGUCCGGAGGAACCAGGGCGCUGAGCAGUGGCGCAGUGCCCAGCUUCUGAGUCUCAUCAGUACCCCUCCGGCUAUGAUUAACCCUGCUAAUUCAGACACAAUGGCCUGUGAGUACCUGUCUGUGGAAGUGAUGGAGCGCUGGAUUAUCAUUGGGUUUCUCCUUUGUAACGGGUGCCUCAACUCCAACAGCCAGUGCCAGAAGCUGUGGAAGCUGUGUCUGCAGGGCUCCCUGUACAUCACCCUCAUCCGAGAGGAUGUGCUACAAGUACACAAGGUCACCGAGGACCUGUUUAGCAGUUGGAAAGGGUAUGGCAAGAGAGUGGCAGACAUAAAGGAAAGCAAGGAACAUGUAAUUGCGAACAGUGGCCAGUUUCACUGUCAACGGCGCCAGUUUCUGCGGAUGGCAGUGAAGGAGCUGGAGACUGUGCUAACUGAUGAGCCAGGACUACUGGGUCCCAAGGCCCUUUAUGUUUUCAUGGCCCUGUCCUUCAUUCGUGAUGAGGUCACCUGGCUGGUUCGCCACACAGAAAACGUCACCAAGACAAAGACUCCUGAGGACUAUGCUGACUCGAGCAUUGCAGAACUGCUUUUCUUGUUGGAGGAAAUUAGGGCUCUGGUCCGAAGACACAUCAAAGUGAUACAGCAGUACCACCUUCAGUACCUGGCUAGAUUUGAUGCUCUUGUGCUGAGCGACAUCAUUCAAAACCUGUCUGUGUGUCCUGAGGAGGAGUCCAUUAUAAUGUCCUCAUUCGUCAGUACUCUCUCCUCUCUGAAUCUCAAACAAGUUGAUAGUGGAGAGAAAUUUGAAUUCUCUGGACUGAGGCUGGACUGGUUCCGUCUACAGGCAUAUACCAGUGUGGCUAAGGCUCCCCUGCACCUGCACGAGAACCCUGACUUAGCCAAGGUGAUGAACCUCAUUGUCUUUCACUCCCGAAUGCUGGACUCCGUAGAGAAAGUACUGGUGGAAACUUCUGACUUGUCUACUUUUUGCUUCCAUCUCCGUACCUUUGAGAAGAUGUUUACCAUGACCCUGGAGGAGCCUACCAUGUUGCGUUAUGCCAUUGCUUUCCCCCUGAUUUGUGCUCAUUUUGUCCACUGCACUCAUGAGAUGUGCCCAGAGGAGUACCCCCACCUGAAAAACCACAGCCUUCAUCACUGCAACUCCUUCCUGGAAGAGUUGGCCAAGCAGACCAGCAACUGUGUCCUGGAGAUCUGUGCUGAACAACGAAAUCUGAGCGAGCAGCUUCUACCUAAACACUGUGCCACUACCAUCAGCAAGGCCAAGAAUAAGAAAAUGAAGCAGAAGCAGACUCCCAGGAAAGGAGAGCCCGAGAGGGACAAGCCAGGAGCUGAGAGUCACCGGAAGAACCGCAGCAUUGUCACCAACAUGGACAAGCUUCACUUACACUUGACAGAAUUGGCGCUGACAAUGAAUCACGUGCACAGCUUCUCGGUGUUUGAACACACCAUCUUCCCUUCUGAGUAUCUCAGCAGCCAUCUGGAGGCCAGGCUCAACAGAGCCAUUGUGUGGCUGGCUGGCUACAACGCCGCAACCCAGGAGAUUGCAAGGCCUUCUGAGCUGUUGGCAGGAGUCAAGGCGUAUAUCAGCUUCAUACAGUCGCUGGCCCAGUUUGUGGGUGCCGAUGUUUCUAGAGUCAUCCGCAAUGCCCUCCUCCAGCAGACACAGCCACUGGAUUCGUGCGGGGAACAGACAAUCACCACGCUCUACACAAACUGGUACCUGGAGGGUCUGCUUAGACAGGCCAGCAGCGGGACCAUCACCCUGGCCCCAGCCAUGCAGGCCUUCGUCAGCCUGCCCAGAGAGGGGGAGCAGAACUUCAGCGCCGAGGAGUUCUCCGACGUCUCUGAGAUGCGGGCCUUGGCGGAGCUCUUGGGCCCCUAUGGCAUGAAGUUCCUGAGCGAGAACCUGAUGUGGCACGUGACCUCUCAGAUUGUGGAGCUGAAGAAGCUGGUGGUGGAAAACAUGGACGUGCUCGUUCAGAUCCGGUCCAACUUCAGCAAGGCGGACCUGAUGGCUUCCCUGCUGCCCCAGCUGACAGGGGCUGAUAACGUGCUGAAGCGCAUGACCAUCAUUGGGGUCAUCCUCACGUUCAGGGCCAUGGCCCAGGAGGGACUUCGGGAGGUGUUCUCCUCCCACUGCCCGUUCCUUAUGGGUCCCAUUGAGUGCCUGAAGGAGUUUGUCACCGCGGACACAGACAUCAAGGUGACCCUGAGUAUCUUCGAGCUGGCCUCUGCUGCAGGAGUGGGCUGCGACAUUGACCCAGCCCUGGUGGCUGCCAUCGCCAACCUGAAAGCUGAUACUUCAUCCCCCGAGGAGGAGUAUAAGGUGGCCUGCUUGCUCUUGGUCUUCCUGGCCGCUUCGCUCCCGCUCCUGGCCACCGACCCCGCUUCCUUCUUCAGCAUCGAGAAGGACGGUUACAACAACAACAUUCACUGCUUGACCAAAGCCAUCAUCCAGGUGUCCGCUGCCCUCUUCACGCUCUACAACAAGAACAUCGAGACGCACCUCAAGGAGUUUCUGGUGGUGGCCUCCGUCAGCCUCCUGCAGCUGGGCCAAGAGACCGACAAGCUGAAGACCAGGAAUCGGGAAUCCAUUUCUCUGCUCAUGCGCUUGGUGGUGGAGGAGUCCUCCUUCCUGACUCUGGACAUGCUGGAGUCCUGUUUCCCUUACGUCCUGCUUCGCAAUGCCUACCGGGAGGUGUCCCGGGCCUUCCUACCUGAACCGAGUGGCAGCCAGUACCCACUGAGGGGCCCUUCGGACCCCCUAACCCCGUGACACUAUAGCCGUUUAUUCGAGGGAUGGAUGGGCCCGGGAGCCAGAGCUGAGGAACGGACGACACGCGGGGGACAAUCCAGGGACGCGGGGACGCGGGGCAGGCUGGCCGGGGGUGCGGGUGGGGGGCGGUCUGCGGGAAAAGUCCGGGAAUUGGGGCCACGUGCGUGCAGUUUUGCCGCGAGAGGCACGAGCGACACACGGGUACGUUUGUUCUCUUGCGGUGACAAGCGCUUGAGCUGCGACCGGCACGGGUGUCUCGACCUUCAUCACCAUUCCGAGGAUGGUGCUGGCGGGCAGGGAUGAUCCAUCAUCAUAUUAAAGCAUAAUGAGCUUAUAAUCCUCCCACUGGA